AUGAGAAGAGAUACAAUAGAGAGCAAUAACACGAAGGCCAGUGCCCCCCUCCUGACCCAAAGAUACCUGAGGAUGGUCACUAAGGAUGGACACAGCACACUCCAGGUGGAUGGUGCCCAAGGAAAAGGUCUGGCAUACCUCAGGGAUGCAUGGGGAAUACUAAUGGACAUGCGCUGGAGAUGGAUGAUGCUGGUCUUCUCGGCUUCCUUUGUCAUUCACUGGCUGGUCUUUGCAGUGCUUUGGUAUUUACUGGCUGAGAUGAACGGGGACCUGGAACUGGACCAUGAUGCUCCACCUGAUAACCACACUAUAUGUGUCAAGUACAUCACCAGUUUUACAGCUGCUUUCUCCUUUUCCCUGGAGACACAACUCACCAUCGGGUAUGGCACCAUGUUCCCAAGUGGAGACUGUCCCAGUGCUAUUGCCCUGCUUGCAAUACAGAUGGUCCUGGGGCUCAUGCUGGAAGCCUUCAUCACAGGUGCCUUUGUGGCCAAGAUCGCCCGGCCCAAGAACCGGGCCUUCUCCAUCCGCUUCACGCGCUCGGCUGUCGUGACACGCACAGAGGGCAAGCCCCUCCUCACCUUCCAGGUGGCCAAUACACGCUCCAGCCCGCUGACCAGCGUCCAGAUUUCUGCUAUACUUUACCAAGAGCAGGAGAAUGGGCAGCUGCACCAAACAAGCAUUGACUUCCACCUAGACAGCCUUACUUCAGACAAGUGUCCUUUUUUCAUCUUCCCACUCACCUACUACCAUUCCAUCACUCCAUCCAGCCCCCUGGCUGCCCUGCUCCAAAGAGAAGCUGCCCACCAUUUUGAGCUGGUCGUCUUCCUCUCAGCUGUGCAGGAGGGCACAGGAGAAAUGUGCCAGAGGAGAACAUCCUACCUGCCCUCAGAGAUCAUGCUGUACCAUCGCUUUGCCCCCGUGCUAGCCCGCAAUGCCAAAGGUGAAUAUCAGAUCAAGAUGGAGAAUUUUGACAAGACCAUUCCUGAGCUCCCGGCUGCAGCUGACUCAAAGAGUCCAAGAAGGACUGACAAGGAGAUCAGCAUCAAUGGACAGCAUGCUGACAGCUUCCAGCUCUCCGAGACUGGCCUCACAGAAUAG